AUUGAAGCGAAAACAGUAGUAGUUCAGUGGUUCCAGUUAUGGAAAAGAAAAGGCAACUACAACCUCCAAAGAAAUCAAGAUUCAAGCGUGUUUGUGUCUUCUGCGGCAGCAGUCCCGGCAAAAACCCAAGCUACCAACUUGCUGCCAUUCAACUCGGAAACCAACUGGUUGAACGGAACAUCAACUUGGUUUAUGGAGGUGGUAGUAUUGGCCUUAUGGGUCUUGUCUCCCAAGCUGUCCAUGAUGGUGGCCGCCACGUGUUAGGAGUGAUUCCCAAAACACUUAUGCCCAGAGAGAUAACUGGAGAGCCAGUUGGAGAAGUACAAGCUGUCUCUGACAUGCACCAAAGAAAAGCAGAAAUGGCUCGCCAGGCCGAUGCGUUUAUAGCCUUGCCCGGUGGAUAUGGAACACUUGAGGAACUCUUGGAAGUCAUCACUUGGGCUCAAUUGGGAAUUCAUGACAAACCGGUGGGUUUGUUGAAUGUAGAUGGUUACUACAACUCACUGUUGUCUUUCAUAGACAAAGCUGUUGAUGAAGGUUUCAUUGCACCCUCUGCCCGGCAUAUCAUUGUCUCUGCCCCAACUGCUCAAGAACUCAUGUCCAAGCUUGAGGAAUAUGUCCCUAAGCACUCAGUAGUUGAACCUAAACUGAGUUGGGAAAUGGAGCAACAAUUAGAUCAUACAACAAAGUCAGAGAUUGCUCGUUGA